CCGUAAAGCGUUUGAUGGGACUUGUCAGGCUACGUCACCGUGUCGGCAGAGCAGGCGGUGGAGGAGAGUUUCGCCCGGUUGACAUUCCCAGAAGAAGAAGAGGGUGUGAUCGAAAUUUACCUGUCCAGUGUUACCUGGUGCUCUUGUUGUACAUGUCGGCCGUCGAAUUUCAUCGGCUGUAGGACUUAAACACUGGAUUCACAAAGGAGUAAAACGGAGAAGGCAUUAAAGGAUGCUAAGAGGAUCCUGACCCAUGACCCCAGCAUGAGUGUGACAUCAUGGUUCCUGGUCAGCAGCUCCGGCACUCGCCACCGGCUGCCUCGGGAGAUGAUCUUCGUUGGCCGGGAGGAUUGCGAGCUAAUGCUGCAGUCACGCAGUGUGGACAAACAGCAUGCUGUGAUCAACUAUGACAACAACACAGACGAACACAUGGUGAAGGACCUGGGCAGCUUGAAUGGGACAUUUGUGAAUGACCUAAGAAUCCCAGACCAGACGUACAUCACCCUCAAGCUCUCUGAUGUCAUUCGCUUUGGCUAUGAUGCUCAUGUAUAUAUCCUGGAGAAGAGUCAACACAAGGUACCAGAGGAAGCUCUUAAACAUGAGAAAUACACCAGCCAGUUGCAGCUUAGUAUGAAAGCCCUGGAGGCCAAGGCGAAGGAAAAGCAUCAGCUCCAGGGCACAGAGAAGAGCAAAAGCUGUGUUUCCAAUGUCAAGCUGCAGGACAGGGCUGAGCGAAGAGCCCACUCUCUCACAGCUGCAACAGAUUCUCCGAUAUCCAAGCCUACUCCUCUUUAUGGCCAACCAUCCUGGUGGGGGGAGGAUGAGGACCCAGCCAAUAAAAAACAGGACAGAGGUGGAAAAAUGCCAGAGACUCCAGAGCCUGCAAAAGAUAUAUCCAGAUAUGAAGUCAAUGGUUCCCUGUCUGACAGUCAGGCCAAAUCCAUCUUCUCCUUCCGCCGGGAGCCCAGCUAUUUUGAGAUCCCAACAAAGGAGCCCCAGCCACGACCUGCCAAGAAACCUGACUUGCAGGUUCAUGAGAUUCCUACUAAGGACACUCUGGAUCAGUGUAUCUCUUCCACCCCCACACCUCCCGUGGUCCAAAGCCAUGCCUCCUUCACCAUCGAAUUUGAUGAAUGCACACCAGGUAAAAUGAAGAUCAAGGACCAUGUGACCAAGUUUUCUUUUCGUCAACAACGCAAGCUACCUUCCACAGAGACUGUCACUGCACCCACUGAGGUGAUGUCAUCAGAAAACAAAGUUGCUGAUUGGCUGGUCCAGAGCAAUGCUAGCAUGAUGCGGCGGCGGUCACAUGCCGAAGACAUGUAUAGCACAAGCAGUGACCCUUCACUUCUAAAGAUCUUCAAGGAAAAUCACUGCGAAGAAGGCACACGCAGUGAUUCAGGGGAUCCUGCAGUCAAUGGAAAUGAUUUAGUCCAAUCGGAACCUCAGAUUGGGCCCUGGGCAUCUCCACAACCCCUGAGAACUUCCCCAACACAGCAGUUAGCCUCCCCUGACUCUGAGGAGUCUCAGCAAGAGUAUCAGCCCCUGUCCAGUCUUGGCAAGGCUGAGCCUCACAAGGCCUUUGUCAUUGAAUUCUGUGAUGAUAACUCAAGAAAGAAGCGUUCCCAGUCCUUCACUAAUAACACAUUCCCUCCAGAGCCCUCAGGCAUUAAGGUCCACCUGGAGAACGCGAGGAAGAGCUCAAGUCCAACUGGGGAGAGACAGGUCCCAUCUCCAGCCUCCUCCACUCCCCCAACCCAACGAUACACGGUCCCCCUGAAGGGCCCAGCUCCCAUGGGCCCUCCAAGAGCUGGCUCUCUGCGAAGAGAGAAGACAGAGGAGCGAAUCAGCACCAACUUUUCCUCUCGUUCUUCAUCGUCUGUGACCGCAAGACCUUUUAGCAGUGUGGGCCGGAGAUCCAAACUCGCCCAGGAAUUUGCUGCUGAAUUCCUCAAACAGGCAAAGCAGUCUGCUUCUGCCUCCUGGGAGAAAAAUACAUCUAGCCCCCCUACAGUUGCUAAAACAGAGACCGUGGGUGUAUCCCAGACUAGCCCCCCUCCUUCUAUCCAGCCACAGACCUCCUCUCCUAUACACCAGCCAGUUCCCCUCAAGGCCCCCGUAAUGCCACUGGUGUCUCAGAUUGCGGAAGUUAAGAGUACCCAUGUUGGCCCCAAAAAUGAAGAGGAGGACAGUCUGAGUGAUGCGGGAACCUACACCAUUGAAGCAGAUAUUCAAGAUAAAGAGCUAGAAGAGGCACGGAGCAAGAUUGACCAGGUGUUUGGCGUUUUUGAGAGCCCCGAGCGAACCAACCAGAGUGAAGCAGAAACAUCAUCAGCAUUUAGGCCUGUUAUUGUUCAGAGCAGGGAGGAGCAUAGACAGAAUAGCUGUGGGGAGGUGAGGCCAGCUCCAGAACAGGGUCUGGUAAAGGUUCAGCCAGCAGGUGCAGUCUUACAGGGUGCUCCUAAGUGGAUGUCUUGCUGGGCCAGCUUGGCAGACAGCUACACAGAAUCCGGCCCUUCGUCUGGCCUCUUUGACAUUCCUUCCCAGAUGGAGCUGUCAGGAGGGGCACGAGGUACGAUCAUCCACAAGGCCACGCUCAGCCAACCCCAUGAAAGCACCGACAAUGGUUCAAGAGCCCGGCGCAUCCUGCCCCCAGCUCCACAGGGGGACAAGAGUGACAUUCCAACCCCCAGCAUCCAUGUUCAUUAUGACCUGCAUUCAACUUUUGAUGUAGAAGAGAAGAGUUUGGUGGGCCCUAUGUCCCAAGAUGGCCUUGACAGGUUAUCAGUGCAGGACGAUGUAGAGCCUGACAGCCUGAGUGAUGCCAGCAAGUCAGAUGAUGGUUCCAUCAUAGAUCAAAGGAGGAGGCCGCUGUCAGACACAGAAGAGAAGAAGAAAAAUGAGGACAAUCUCAGACUCCCAGCCAAGUCUACAUCAUUCUACAUCGGGUCAGAAGAGACUGUGUACAAACCUGAAUAUGGAGGCUCAAACUACAGCACUCCUAAGACUGAAAGAAAAAGCACAACCAAAACUUUCUCAACAGCCACCCUGACCAAACCGAAAAGUAACCAAGACUCUGGAAAAGUCAGGCCCAGUGUGUCUGCUCCUGUCAUUGGUCAGGGGACACGGAGUCCAGAAGCAAGAGAAGGCACGGUAUCACCAUUAAUCAGACAAGAGAGCUUCACCAAGGAGCGGCCGAGCAAUGCCAGAUUGCCCAACAUUUCUAGCCAGCCUGUUCAGAGAGACCCAGGCCAUGAAUCAAUCCAGGGACCCUGUAAUCAGGACACUCAUUCUUACCUCAAAGAGACAGAGGAUGUUCUGGCUGUUUUGGAGGCCAAACUCCAAGCAGGGCCAUCAGAAACAACACCAAUAAUGGACUCACUUUCUGGAGAGUCUGAUGUGGACACCUCUAGCACAGUCAGUCAACAAAGCAAUAAGACCAAGCCAAACACAGUGUCUAACAGACCCUCUGUUAGUGGCCUCCACAGGGAGAGGUCUUCAGCCAGUGUAGCUAGUCAGGACUUAAAUCACCUGUCCAGCACAUCAGAAAAGCAACGCCUUCAGGGAGCAGACAGCAACAAUAAGACUGAGUUUUUCAGGAGAGCAGUUGGACUGAGACGUAGUGUUGGAAAAUGUGGCUCCACAGACUUAAGUGACGACCAUCAGAGCUUACCUUACUCUGAUCAAGAGUCUAACAAUCACCAAACCCGCAAAAAAUACACAGUGCCCCUACAGAAGGAGGAUGGCAAGACCUCCAGAGUUUCCCAUGCCUUAAGUCGUGCCAAUAGUUUGUCAGCCCCAAGGCCCACCAGAGCAUCCAUGCUCCGCCGGGCUCGUCUGGGCGAGGCCUCAGACAACGAAGGCACUGAGACGGACAGGCUGUCCCAGGAGGCAGGCAGCGUCCCAGCUAAGCAACCACAGGAAACCAAGAAACUCUCCAGGCUGGAUAUGCUGGCGAUGCCUCGUAAGCGAACAAGCUCUUUCAACACUCCCAGUGACACUGAGGCUUCAUCCACCUCACAGUGGACAGGCAGGAGCACUGGAUUCUCCAACCGCAGCACUGAGUUUGGUGGCAGCUCAGUUCGAAGGGCCUCUGCUCCGGGGCCAAAGCCUAUAGAAAGGCCACAGAAAGCAGCUCUCAACAAGACACCAAUCGUUCGUGUGCGUUCAAGCAGUGCCAAAUAUGCCAGCAGCACCGCAAGCUCCAGGAGACGACAGAAAGGCUCUGACUAUGCCUCUACCUCAGACGAGGAGUACGACUCAAACCAGAGUACUCCUAAACACAAACGCUCCCAACCUUCCUCAGCUUCCCAUAGCCCACGUAAUCGGCCUCGGCCUCAGCCCAUGGUCGCCCUGAAACCCCGCAACAGAGAUUCUGAAGAGGAAAGCCAAGAGGGAGAAACUCUCCACAGCUGGUCCAACCACAGUGCUGAAAUUGCACGGUUGAGUCAAGACCUGGCUAAAGACUUGGCUAUCUUGGCCAGAGAGAUCCAUGAUGUGGCAGGUGAUGGUGACCUACAAAACCCCGGAGCGGAAAGCAGUGCACCCAUCUCCACAGUGACCACUCACGAACAGCUGGUUCAUCAUAUUCCAGAGGCUGGAUUAAACUAUCAGAGGGUCCCGCCAAGUUCUGCAUCUACAAAGGAACCUGACCAGAGUUCCAGUGACCAUGAACAGAAGCCCAGGCAGCGGGCUUGGAGCAGAGACGAGGUCACGGUAGACAACCUGAUGCUUAACCCUGUGUCUCAGGUCAUCAUGGCCAUCAGAGAAAACACUGAGCAACUUGCUGACAAAAUUAGGGUACUGUUCCAGGACAGGAUGGAUAUCUGGCAAGAAAUUGAGACCAAGGUUAAUUCUGACAACGAUGUUCCUGUUAUCAAAACCUCCAACAAGGAAAUCACGUCUAUCCUGAAAGAACUCAGGAGAGUUCAACGGCAACUGGAGGUCAUUAACACAGUCAUGGAGCCCACUGUGCAGCCAGAAGCAACCAAGGCCUCAGCCUCUGCCGUCUCCUCCUCAUCUGGCAUUCGGCCCUCCAGACCUCCCACUUCCCGAGACUUUCGAACAGUCCACUCGGCCUCCAGACGUGGCGGCGGCCCGAGGCCCAGUGAGAGUGUCAGGAGAGCAGCUGUGACACCAAAUGAUGUCAGAGAGGGAUAUUUAGUGUGAGAUGUGGCACACAGACUCCACCAGCACUGAGCUUCUGCUGUAACCCUACAAACCCAGGUGUCGCACCAUUGCGCACACAAUGAAACUAAGAAAGGGGGAAGUGAUACACAGAACUGUAGCCUCCUGCACACCCAAACACACACUACUGUGCUCUGAGGACUAAACACCUACACAGUGGUGUAAUUCACAACGAAGCCUGCACUACACACCCUUAAAAUAUGCUGGAGGUCUAAGUAUGAGGUGAGGAUUUAAGGAAAUACCAAAAUACUUCAUUAAAUCUCGCAUCCACCUUUUACAGACCUCAUAACUAUACUUGAUUCUCUGUGCAUUAAGAAGUUGACAUCCUUAUUUGCCAAUAAUUACAACCCCGAUUCCAGAAAAAGUUGUGAUGUUGCGUAAAACAUAAAUAAAAACAUAAUGCAGUCAUUUACAAACAGACAGCUUACCAUGUAGUAAUAUUCUUUAUAACCUCACCCUGUCUUUGUUUGUGAACUGAGCCUUUCAGCGAUGCUCCUUUCAUAAACAACCAUGAUGCACCUGUUACCAAUGAACCUGCUCACCUGUUGAGUUUCCCAAUCUUUCGUUGCUCCUGUUGCGACUUGUUGUAAACCAGUUGCUUCAGUUGAUUCGGCAUCAAAUUGAAAAUAACCAUAUAUUUGCAAAACUCAAUUAAGUUGAUAAGGUAAAACAUCAGCAAGUGAUCACAUUGUGUUAUUAUGUUUUAGACAAUGUCCCAGCUUUUUUGGAAUCGGAGUGGUAUGACCAACAUUGCUGAUUUUUAAAAACUCAUAAUUACUUUGUUUGUUUGAAAACCAACCUGAGCGUAAAAAUCUCAGGGAAAUCUACGAAUAAAUACCAUUUGUAUGUUUAGUCACAUUUUUGAGGAAAUAUUAAGCUAAUUUGUGUUUUUCGGGGUGGAAAGAACUGCAGUAACACCUUGCAGAUCUUUGUGUCCUGUGUACUUGUAUCCUCUGUAAGCCCCUUGUGUUUCUUUGCAUAUUUUUUCCAUGUUUUGUGGACCAGAUAAUUUGAAGAAUGUAAAAAGUAUUUAUUAGCUGUCUUUUGUGAGACACUGUAACUGAGACAACAUGACGCUAGUGCCAGAUCAAUUAAUGCUGUAUUGCACAGUUGCUACCAGCCAGUUUCUUUUCUGUUUGUUCUGGUCACAUCUCCCAGUGGAGCAACUCUGUCCAGGUCCUCCUCACUAAAUGGUCGCUAUAUUUUGUCUGACUGGAGAUGAAAAUCCUCCAGGAAUGUGUUGUCCAAAUGGUAGGAGGGACUCACUCCGCAGUUGAGUCUCCUGGCAAACACAAAUGGUUGUGAAACAACAGUUUUCACGCAUUCCUGGCCUCUGAAAAGUGUUUUUAUUUAUUACAGCUGGGGGCUUGAAACUUGCUUUUAGUUUCCAUGUCUAAGGAACACUGUUAGCUCUGAGGUUUUACCCAAAGACAAUCAUGAAGCAACAGCCAUCUGUAUUUGUUCUGAGCUCAUCACACCACACCUAAACCUCCAUAUGCUGAAGAGCUAUCAGGGGACUGUGAUAGGACUUUAUAUUUCCUCAAUCUCUCGAGUCACAAGGACACAUCUGAUCCUCGUGUGACAGGAGAAGUAAUUUAGCAUUUGAGUUCACAAAGUCAGUGGUGUGAAACUGUCAACAUGAUCAUUAGUUGGUGACAUUGUGUUAUUCUGUUUGUAAAUAUCUAAAGAUGCACAAGAGUGCUAAAUGUCCUACAUGUCCUACAAAUUACCUCUCAAUCUUGUCUUUUGCACUAAUGUAUUACAUGACCCCCCCCCCCCCCAAAAAAAACAACAACAACAACAAAAAAAAAACUGAUGUGCUGCAAAGUGAAAUCUCUUUCUCUCCUGCAACUCAGAACACCAGCAAACUUCCUUCUUCUCAGUCCAGCCCAGAUUGUACAUGUGAUUGUUGGGAUGUACCUGAAAGUGCCACAGAGCUUUGUGAGAUCAUGUUUCAGUGGUUGUUUACAAACUCCAGCAAAAUUUGAAUGUCUUUCCUUUUGACUCCUCCUGCUCAAGGUUUUGCUGCUAUUCUUCUUCUAUGGGAUAGUUUUUCCCACAUCGCUUUACUCCAUCCGAGCUUCAGCGGGUUUGAGAGCUGAAAUGUCAUUCUUGAUUGUCAAAUUUGUGUCCCUGUUUUGUAAUUCAACUUUUGGUUGAAUUAGGUUUAGUUAGCUGAUAUUUAUGUUUGGAUAUUUGUGUAAUUUGUUAGCUGUUGAUUCCAGGUUUUCAAAUAAAAUUUGAAUAGCUUCAUGA